AUGGGUAAAGGACUCGCUAGCCUGAUCGGCUCGGGUAUCGGUUUCACCUCUGAAGCUAUCCACGCAGCCAGACACCGUAACAAAGGGUCCGUUUCAGGGCCUGACUCUGGCUCUGCUUCUGGCUCUGCAUCCGCUUCCACUUCUGGAACCCCUCGUGGUUUCUCUGCUGAUACUACUCCCACUCCUCCUCCUUUCCCUACCAGGGACACAGACAGCUCCGACCGAUCUCGAGACUUGGGGAAUGAAGACGAGCUCCCUGCAUACUCGACUGGCGCAGGCUCAAAUAGUAGAUCUGUUGAUCAAUAUGGCUACCCAGCUGAUGAAAAGCAUCGCUACGAGCCCGGUUCCGAGUCUGGCGACGAGUAUGAAGAGGCACUCUAUAAUGAAGAUAGGGCACGCGAGAUGGGCGGAGAUGAGGAGGCCUGGCAACUCGACGAGAUGUCUGAGGCACUGCCCUCGUACGAUGACCUAGAGCGCACCCCCGAAGGCACCCCAGGGCAGCUCCCUAGGAGGGACACCGAGAAUGACCCUGACGCCAUUCAAGAGGAUGAUUCUGAAGAUACAAAGGAAAAGAAGACAGCUCGUAUGAUUCGCGAGCUGGUGUCGAUGGCCGGACCCCCCGGACCCAAGACAAAGCUUCCUUUCCCUGUGAUCAUUCCCCAGCGCCGCCCUGGUGCAAAGAAGCGUGGAUUUGUCCGUGCAUAUGCUCCUGUGUUGCAGGAUUGUGGCAUUGGUCAGGAUGUGUUCUUGAAGUUCAUCAGUGACUUCCACAAAGCCAGUCAGGCUUCAAUGUGGCUUCAAGUCAUCGUUGUUGGAGCCAGCAUCACUAGUUGGUCCCCCAGUCUGGCUGUCUCUCUGACCGCUGUUGCCGUCCAAAUCCUUGCAGACACGGCUCAGCAGUUCCAAAUCCGCAAGCGCACGACCAGCUACCUUGACGUGGUCAACGAGCAGGUCUUCAAGCCUCGCGGCCAGUACGCUAUGAUCAUGAAGUUCACUGAGAAGCCUCUCAAGCCCAAGAAGAAGAAGAACGGCUCGGCAGCCUCCGACCCCAUUGCGGACAUGUUCAACAUGGAGCAGAUUAAUGUGAAUGGAUCGGGCGUCAGACAAGAGGGUGACCCCCAGGUCGGUUCAGCACCUUCCCAGGAAGACUUCAAUGCCGCCGAGACAAUUGCAAAGUUCACCAACACCGAGGAUCAUCCCGAGAUGAAUGCUUGGAAGACCCGCAUGAAGGGUUACAGACUACAGAGUGGCGAGACCCGUGGUCAGAUGCAGCUUCCAGAGUCUGCACCAUUGAUCUACCCCCGUAUUGACCGAGCUGCUCAGCGAGUACGGGAGGGCAAGGAGGCUAAGGGUGCGUUCGCGAGCAGCCGAUCAUGGGCUUCUGAGUACAUCGAUAGAAGACGGCAGAUUGAAUUCGAGGCGGAUCACAAGGGCUCUGCUCUGGCUGUUACCGAGGAGAACCGCAAGCCGUACACUUCCCGCUACAAUGAUCCCAACCACCCGGCAAACAGUGGAAAUCUCAUCUCCACUCUAACUGGUGGUAAGAUUAACCCUAAGCACAAGCCAAGUCUGUUUGAGCGGGCGGGCUCUGCUAUCAAGGAGCGGGAUGACAGGAAGCGGGCUCUUCAGGGUCUACCCCCAUCUGAGACAUUCAAGGAGAAGAUGGCCAGAAAGAAGAAGGAGAGUGGAAACAGGUACAAGCUUCUUCGGGAGGAUGUUUUGUAUCUCAUGAUCGUCAACAUGCCCACUCCACAGGAGUUGGAAGAAGCAGUUGCCCGCUUGCGAUACAUGGUGGAGUUAGAGAAUGCUGAAAAGGAAGCGGCCAAGCAGAAGUAA